GCACGUAGAGGCCCACUAACUAAAUCCCUGAGUUAACAAAGAAUUUAGCUGCAAAAGAUUAAGUUGAUGCAAAUGCAUAGCUCUAAUGACCCACCAACGGGUUAAAUUACUGCACGUAGAGGCCCACUAAACAAAUCCCUGAGUUAAGAAAGAAUUUAGCUGCAAAAGGUUAAGUUGAUGUAAAUGCAUUGCUCUAAUGAGCCACCAAGGUGUUAAAAUACAGCACGUAGAUGCGUCGUCGAAAUACUCCGGCCCCGUUCGGACCAGAGUCCGGCCAACCCGGUGCAAGGCGUACGUACGUACGCACCAGGAGCGCAAUGCGUACGAGUAUCACGUAUCCAUAUCAGUAUCCGUAUGCCACAUUGCCUGCCUGCCUGCCUGCAUGCCUCUCAAAUCCGCCAAGUCGACCGGGCACGAGAAAAUUAGUGAUCCAUCGGGAGCUCGAGGAUUAUCGAAGAAGAGGAGGACGAGGCAUGGCGACGUUCGCAGCGGGGAGCUCGAUGUUGGCAGCCGCCUCGUGCUCGCGGCUCUGCGCGCCAUCGUUGCCGAGAGCCGUUGGAGUAACCAGCAGCAGCAGCAGCAGGAGCAAUGGCGCAGGCUGGAGGGCGAAAUUGGGGCCGAGCUCGAGGCCGAGCGCAUUCGGAGCUGGAGUCGGAAGGAGCGAUGGAGGAUGCGGAUUUGGGUCGGCCGGGCGGGGAAUCGGAUUGGGAUUGGGAUUGGGAGUGGGAUUGGUGGCGCGCAGGGCAGAAGAUGGAGAAGGGGAAUGCGCAGGCAGGCGAGGGAGAGUGGUGGUGGCGGAGGCGGGGAAAGGCGGGUCGGUGAAUGCGGCCGAGAGGAUUCUGGCGGCCUUGGGGUACAUUCUGCCCUUCUUCGACGGAAUUCAGUAUGGGAGGUACUUCUUCAUGCAGUUCCCCAUCGCCGAGGGGCUGCUGCGGCCUCUGUUCCCGCUGCUGUCGGCGUACAAGGGCUUCCCGUACUCGAACUUCAUCGCCUUCUUCUCGCUCUACCUUCUCGUCGUGAGGAACAGCAGCUUCAGUCGCUACGUGCGAUUCAAUGCCAUGCAAGCCGUCGUUCUGGACGUGCUUCUGAUUUUGCCAACUUUGGUGGAGCGCACUUUCGGUCCUCGCGGUGGAAUCGGCCUCCAGCUCCUCAUCAUCUUCUACAACACGGUGUUCCUGUUUCUGGUCAGUUGCUUCUUGUUCGGCGUCUUUUCUUGCCUUCUCGGCAAAACGCCGAGACUUCCCAUCGUUGCCGACGCAGCGGAUCAACAAAUCGAGGGUUAAGUUAAUUCAGCGCUAGGCUCUGGCUCUGGCUCGGUAGUUAUCUCGUUUCCCUAACGUUUGGAUGGCGAGCGAGACUCAGCAUUGUGUAAAGUAGGGCUUGCGGAUUCUUAGGAACGCAGAGAAUCUUCGGAACUUGUUUUUCCUCCAUGAUUCCGUUGGAAAGAUCUUCUCUGCCGUGUACAGCUCUGGUGACUCAUGGGGUAAGCAUUGUGUCUGCAAUUUAUGGACCAUUUAGAGUAUAGCAGUGAAGAAGCGAUCUUGCAGGUUGAGAUUCCAAUGUCUGUAGACGUUGAUUAUGCUGGUAAAGAUUUGUUGCUUUGGGAGGUUGAAUGUGUGGACACCGAAUGAGUGGUGGUAGUCCAUGCUUUCGUAAUUCUGGUCAUCACAUGUACACCACCCAAAGCGUGCAAGCUAAUCUUUUUGCCUUAAGUUCAAGCGAGCGAGCUCCCAGGAUUGCACUUGGCAAAUCUAUGUUCGAGGUUUUUGUGCGGAGCUCAUGGUUUCGAGCAGGAGGUGUUAUGGCGUUUUUUGCAGCAAGGACAAGCCGAACAACUGUAGUUGUCAGAUGAUGUCGAUGAUGUCUCCUGCUGCUUUAGUGGUGCUUGCCAUUUUUUCUGUAAUCGGUAGGUGUGAUCAAAUGGAUAGGCUGAUUUGAGGAGUUUCGAGCUCUCAAGGGUAAGUGAGCGAGUGAUGAUCAUUACCACUUAGAUAGGAGGUCUUUGGAGGACAUCAAGGUCCCAUCACUAGAACUGUGAUACAGGAUGUCGUGGGCAAUCUGUCAGCAGCAGCACCAAUCUGACUCAAGAGUCGAAGAAUGAGAACAGUGUGUGAAAUAGCUGUCCAUGCAUGGGUAAUUGGACACAACAUGGGUCAGGUUCCAUGCUUAGUCAGACUUCCCAGGGAUCAGCCACAGCACCUUCAAGUGGGAUACACGCAUGAUCAUAAACAUACUUAAAACAUCACUAUCCAAAGUUUGUUGCGGACAGUGACUCGGGGAAGAAUUAUGUGGUCUUUUGCUUCAUGAAGCGCGCUUGGAUUCGAUCCGUCAGAACUAGAAGCUUCUACGGAAGCGAUUAGGAUUCGGAGACGAGCAUCAGGCAGAGAUGACUGAGAUUUGUUCGAGUAAGUCGAUCCUGCGAGAGGCAUGGAGGCCACAUCUCGAAGUAUUCAGAGAAGGAGCAUCACCAAGGGUUUUAUCUUCGCUCUCAACGUGCACCCGAAGCCCUUGGGAGUCAAACCUUAAAAGUGGAUAUCAUCAAGACAGCGCAGUCACUAUCUACCGUUGGCUGCAGUGACCAUGGCCCUCAUUGUUGCACAGCGUUUUAACUGGCACCAGAAUUUGUGGGACCAAUUCAUUGCACUUCCAAAGCAGGCGAUUUCUUCAGAAAGUUUUCACGUUGCGUUUCAUCGAAGUUUGGACAGAAGGCGACAUUCUAGCAAAUUCUGAGCGCAGAGGACAAUUAGGUAUGAUGCGCAACCCACAUGCUCUUUUCUCCGACUGUAGAAUAGCUGACCAACGCUAGUCCGAAUGUGACAGUCACACGAGGUUGGACCAAAGAAAACGAGAAUACAAUGAAAUGGAAAAGCAAAAUCGAUGAGAAGAGUGUAUCGAUUGGUGCACGAAGAAAACCACCAGAUCCCAUGGCUGGACAAUAGGAUCACGUUUAGAAAUGUAUUCUGCUUAC